CGGGUGACGGGGUCCAGCUCUGCGGGGCAGGUGCACCUGGACACCCAGGUGCUGAGGGCGCUGAGCCGGGGCUGCCGCGUUGCGACAGGAGCGUUGCGCUUUGCUGGUGACGGCUGUGCUGCAGGUGGUGAGAGCAGCGGUCAGGCAGUGCCCUGUCCCGGCCGAGACCAGGGUCAGAGCAAACGCUGCCUUCAGAGAAGCUGGGCUUUCUCCCCAUGGAAACCCCCGUCGUGCGGAGGCCCCAGCAGCCCAUCAGGGCGCUUUCUGCGGCUGUGGGAGGCUCGUGUGCUGGGCCCAGGAGCAUCAGAGCCUCCGCCGUCUCCUCGCCGUCCCCUCGCCUCCUGACGUGGCUGGCGGGAGCCCUGGCCACACACCGGCCCCUCUGGCCACAGCGCUUCUGCCAAAAGCCUCUCCAGCAUUUGCUUGAGGAGCCAUGGAAGAGUUAAUAGUGGAACUCCGGCUCUUUCUCGAGCUCCUGGACCACGAAUAUCUCACGUCCACCGUCAGAGAGAAGAAGGCGGUGAUCACGGACAUCCUGCUGCGGAUCCAGGCAUCCAGAGGUCUGGAAGUGAAGGACCACGCUCUGAAGCCAGAGGCCCCCAGCAGCCUGCCGGCCCCGCCCCAGAUGCCACUGCCGGAGAUCCCGCAGCCGUGGCUGCCCCCCGACAGCGGGCCUCCACCGCUGCCCACAUCCUCGCUCCCCGAAGGUUACUACGAGGAAGCUGUGCCCCUGAGUCCUGGGAAAGCUCCAGAAUACAUCACCUCAAAUUAUGACUCGGACGCCAUGAGCAGCUCCUACGAGUCGUACGACGAAGAGGAGGAGGACGGGAAGGGGAAGAAGACGCGGCACCAGUGGCCCUCCGAGGAGGCCUCCAUGGACCUGGUGAAGGACGCCAAGAUCUGUGCCUUCCUGCUACGGAAGAAGCGCUUUGGCCAGUGGACCAAGCUGCUCUGUGUGGUCAAGGACACCAAGCUGCUGUGCUACAAAAGCUCCAAGGACCAGCAGCCGCAGAUGGAGCUGCCCCUGCAGGGCUGCAGCGUCACCUACACGCCGAAGGACAGCAAGAAGAAGAAGCACGAGCUGAAGAUCACCCAGCAGGGCACAGACCCGCUGGUCCUGGCCGUGCAGAGCAAGGAGCAGGCCGAGCAGUGGCUGAAGGUCAUCCGGGACGUCUACAGCGGCAGUGGAGGGCCGGCGGAUCCAGAGGGUGCCCCGCGCUCCAGCUCCCCGGUGCACAAGGCUGAGCUGGAGAAGAAGCUGUCUUCAGAGAGGCCCAGCUCAGACGGGGAGGGUGUCCUGGAAAAUGGCUCUACUGCGUGUAAUGGCAAAGAGCAAGUGAAGAGGAAAAAAAGUUCCAAAUCCGACGCCAAGGGCACGGUCUCCAGGGUCACCGGGAAGAAGAUCACCAAGAUCAUAGGUCUGGGGAAGAAGAAGCCGUCCACGGACGAGCAGACCUCGUCGGCCGAGGAGGACGUGCCCACCUGCGGCCACCUCAACGUGCUGUCCAACAGCCGCUGGCGGGAGCGCUGGUGCAGGGUCAAGGACGGCGCACUCGUGGUCCACAAGGACCGCACGGACCUGAAGACCCACGUGGUGGCCAUCCCCCUGCGCGGCUGCGAGGUCACCCCAGGCCUGGACUCCAGGCACCCCCUGACCUUCCGGCUGCUGCGCCACGGCCAGGAGGUGGCUGUGCUGGAGGCCUCGUCUUCCGAGGACAUGGGCCGGUGGAUCGGCAUCCUGCUGGCCGAGACGGGGUCCUCCACAGACCCCGGGGCACUGCACUACGACUACAUCGACGUGGAGAUGUCCGCCAGCGUCAUCCAGACGGCCAAGCAGACCUUCUGUUUCAUGAACAGGCGUGUCCUGUCCACCAGCCCGUACCUGGGCAGCUCCUCCAACGGCUACGCGCACCCCAGCGGGACGGCACUGCACUACGAUGACGUGCCCUGCGUGGACAGCCUGUGGGGACCGGAAGAUGGCUUUCCAGCUUCCUGUGGCCGAGGCCCGGGAGAAGAGGUGCUUUAUGAUAACGCGGGCCUGUACGAUAACUUACCGUCUCCGAAAAUCUUUGCACGCUGCCCGCCUGCUGACAGGAAGGCUUCUAGGCUCUCUGCUGACAAAGCGCCCUGUAACCAGUACAAGCGCCCCGGCUCCCGCAGCCCGCCUCGCGGCCUCACUAACACCUCUUCCGCGGGGAGGGCGUCUCUCGGGCCCGGCCCCCAGGUGAAGGGGAAGAAGCCCCCCGCCGCCGCGAACGGGGUCCCGGGGAAGGCCAAGACGCUCAGCGGGCAGCAGAAGAAGGCCGAGGCGGCAGCCAGCGUGAAGCGCACGCCUUCCAACGCUGACCAGCAGAAGUACGGGAAGAACCGUGUGGAGGCAGACGCCAAGCGGCUGCAGGGCCGAGAGGAGGAGCUGCUGAGGAGGAAGGAAGGCCUGCGGAACAGGCUGGCCCAGCUCCGGAAGGAGCGCAGAGACCUGCGGGCCGCCAUCGAGGUCAACGCAGGGCGGAAGACGCAGGUGGUGCUGGAGGACAAGCUCCGGCGGCUGGAGGAGGAGUGCAAGCAGAAGGAGGCGGAGCGCGUGAGCUUGGAGCUGGAGCUGACGGAGGUCAAGGAGAGCCUGAAGAAGGCGCUGGCCGGCGGCAUCACGCUGGGGCUGGCCAUCGAGCCGCGGUCGGGGACCUCCAGUCCGCAGUCCCCCGUGUUCAGGCACCGGGCGCUGGAGAGCUCGCCCCUGUCCAGUUGCGAGACCAGCGACGCGGAGGGCCCCGUGCCGGUGAACAGCGCCGCCGGCCUCAAGAAAGGCCCGCCGGCCUCAGGCAGCUCGCCCUGCCGGGGCCACGUGCUGCGCAAGGCCAAGGAGUGGGAGCUGAAGAAUGGGACCUAAGGAAGGAGCUGCCCCGGCCACCGCCUACCAGGCCCGCGCCCCGGCCACCAGGUGGUGUCACUGUCUGGCACCCUUGAGGGACAGUGCCACGUGCGCCAGCUUCAGUCUGCCUGUUAUGGGGCAGAAACAGGCGGACGAGGCGGUGUGCAAGGACCACGGUCAUGCCAGCCUUGCCUCAGCCCAGCCCACCCCGGCCUGCGAGCGGCCACCU